AUGGAGGAACAUUUUCGGCAGGAGAAUGUUGUGUUUUUCGAGGUCCUCGAGGCUGUCAAGGUUGUCGAACCUGUAGGGAUUGUUGUUUUUGGUGGGCGAGAUAAGGCGUCAAUCGCAAAGUCGUGUCGCUGCGGUUGGGGUGCUCGCUACCGCAUCCCAACUCGUGCCGUAACGAUCAUCGUUGUUGCUCGCAUCGUAGAUUUGGUACUCGAGAGAGGCACUGGCAUCGCCGAAAGCAAGGGCAGAGGGGAAGGUCACGGCCAGGACGAAGCAGAAUAUUGUAGAACUCGAGAAACUCACAAAAAUCACCAAUCUGGCUGUUGUUGA